AUGGCUGACCUCAGUCUUGCAGAUGCGUUAACGGAGCCGUCUCCAGAAAUUGAGGAAGAGAUAAAACGGGACUUUAUUGCCACACUGGAGGCAGAGGCCUUUGAUGAUGUUGUGGGAGAAACUGUUGGAAAAACAGACUAUAUUCCUCUCCUGGAUGUUGAUGAAAAAACCGGGAAUUCGGAGUCAAAGAAGAAACCAUGCUCAGACACCAGCCAGGUUGAAGGUACUCCAUCUUCUCAAGCCACAGUGCUCGCUAACGGUGACCACGGAAUAGAACGGAAUGAUGUUACUGGGUUUCCAACUGAAUUCCUUGACGAGAAGGUAGCCUACCAGGGAUUUCAGAACAGCCAGAACUGGCCAGAAAAUACAAACUUUUGCUUUGAACCCGAGCACGUGGUAAAUCCUAUCCAGACUGAUCCCUUUAAGAUGCACCAUGAUGACGGCCUAGAAGAUUUGCUCUUUUUCUCCAGUGGAACAACCAAUACUUCAGCAUUUGUAGAACAAAAUGAUUCCCUGAAAGAUAGUUAUGGUGUGUUACCCUGCGACACACUCGCUUCUGCAGCUGUUGUUCCUCAAGGGUGGUCUGCGGAAGCCCCAAACCCUGCACACUUGGAAUCCUUGGUUUCCCCCGCGGCCGUUCCACAGCCUCUGCAGCCCACAGCAGAGCCAGCUGAGAAAAUAGAAAUGGCAUCAGGAGAAGAGAGAGCGCCAGCAGAAGCAUUGGAGAUGAUGAUGAAACUGCAGGCUACUGACAUGGCGCCAUCUCGAGAAGCAGAGAUGGUCCUGGCUAAAGAUGUGGUGCCAGCCACAGAGACAGAGGUGGCAUUGGCUAAAGACAUGGAAUUACCUACCAAACCAGAUGAGGCACUGGUCAAGGACAUGGAAUCAUCCAUCGAAUCAGAUAUGGCCUUACUCAAGGAUGUGGUACUACCCGUACAAACAGAGGAAACUGCAGUUAAGGAUGUUGUAUUGCCCACAGAAGCAGAUGUGUCUUUGGAUGAGGACAUGUUACUGUCCACAGAAACAGAGGUAUCCGCAGCCCAGGACGUGCUACUGUUCAAAGAAACAGAGAGCACACCACCUAUUAGAAUGGAUUUGGCCCCAGCUGAGGGCACAGUCCCACCUACAGACCAAGAGAUGGCCCCAGUCAAGGGUGUAGCAUCACUCUCGGAGAUAGAGGCGCCCCUGGAUGAGGACAUUGUGUCAUCCACAGAAAUACCCUCAGCCAAAGAGAUAGCCCUGUCCUCAGAAACAGAGGUGGCCCUGAUCAGGGAAAUGAGAGCACCCCCAGAAACAGAGGCAGUUCUAGACAAGGACAUGGCUGCACCUCCAGAAACAGAAGUCAUCAUGCCAGUCAAAGACAUGGCUCCACCCCCAGGAAUAGAGACGACCCUGGCCAAGGACGUGGCUCCAUGUCAAGAAAUAGAGGUGGCCCUGGGCAAGGAUACAGUUUCACCUCCAGAAACAGAGAUGGCCCUGGGCAGGAAUGUGUCUCUGCCCCCGGAAACAGAGGUCACCGUGGCAAAGCAUGUUGCUCAGCCCCCUGAGACGGAGAUGAACCUGGCCAACAGUGAGGCUCUGGCCAAAUUCUCAGCAGCAGAGGUGGUGCCAGUUCCCGUUAAGGACCUGGAAACUGCACGGACCCAGGAAGCAACAAGUGAGGAUUCCCAGUUAAAAUCUCUCCAGGAUGAGGGACAGUCAGCUGUACCUGUCAGUCAGACUUCACCAGAAGGAGUCAUGGCCAUGGGCCAAAAGCACAGCUUGCCAACAGAUGAGGAUUCUGUGUUAGAAGAACUAGAGCAAAAGAAACCAUCCAGUCAAACUUCUGAGCUUGCUUCAGAGACUUCAGGAAUAGCCAAACCAGAAGAAGGACAACCUGCUGGAAGCGUGUCUGGAAAUGACAUCACCGCCCCUCCAAACAAGGAGCUUCCACCAAGCCCAGAGAAGAAAACAAAGCCUUUGGCCACCACUCAACCUGCAAAGACUUCAACAUCGAAAGCCAAAACACAGCCCACUUCUCUCCCUAAGCAGACAGCUCCCACCACCUUUGGUGGGUCGAAUAAAAAACCCAUGAGCCUUGCUUCAGGCUCAGUACCAGCUGCCCCACCCAAACGCCCUGCUGCUGCCACUGCCAGGCCUUCCACCUUACCUUCAAAAGACACGAAGCCCAAGCCUGUUGCAGAGGCAAAGAUUCCUGAGAAGCGGGUCUCUCCAUCCAAGCCGGUCUCUGCCCCAGCUGUCAAACCUGGCUCCAAGAGCACCCAGGCUGUUCCCAAAGCCCCAGCAGUUGCGACUCUUGCUUCACCUGGGUCAAGCAGUAGGAACCUCUCCACACCCUUGCCCAAGAGGCCCACUGCAGUCAAGACUGAGGGGAAACCUGCAGAGAUCAAGAAGAUGGCUACAAAGUCUGCACCAGCUGACUUGAGUCGCCCAAAGAGCAGCACCUCCAGUUCUGUGAAGAAGAGCACCGCUGUCCCUGGGACAGCACCCCCAGCAGGGGCUCCCAGUCGAGCCAAGCCCACAGCCACGCCUCCCCGGCCCUCGGGGACUCCUCCCGCGGACAAGAAGCCCACAGCAGCCAAGCCCAGCUCCUCUGCCCCGAGGCUGGGCCGCGUGGCUGCCAAUGCUUCUGCCCCUGAUCUGAAGAAUGUCCGCUCCAAGGUCGGCUCCACCGAAAACAUCAAGCACCAGCCUGGAGGAGGCCGGGCCAAAGUAGAGAAAAAAACAGAGGCAGCUGCUCCAGCUCGAAAGCCUGAACCUAACGCAGUCACUAAAGCAGCCGGCCCAAUUGGCAAUGCACAGAAACCGCCUACGGGGAAAGUCCAGAUAGUCUCCAAAAAAGUGAGCUACAGCCAUAUUCAGUCCAAGUGUGGUUCCAAGGACAAUAUUAAGCAUGUCCCUGGAGGUGGUAAUGUUCAGAUUCAGAACAAGAAGGUAGACAUCUCUAAGGUCUCCUCCAAGUGUGGGUCCAAGGCUAACAUCAAGCACAAGCCUGGUGGAGGAGAUGUCAAGAUCGAAAGUCAGAAGCUGAACUUCAAAGAAAAGGCUCAGGCAAAGGUGGGAUCCCUCGAUAACGUGGGCCACCUGCCUGCAGGAGGUGCCGUGAAGACUGAGGGCGGUGGCAGCGAGGCCCCUCCGUGUCCGGGCCCCCCUGCUGGGGAGGAGCUGGCCAUCCCUGAGGCAGCGCCUGAAGCUGGCGCCCCCACUUCAGCCAGUGGCCUCAGUGGCCACACCACCCUGGCAGGGGGUGGUGACCAAAGGGAGGCCCAGACCUUGGACAGCCAGAUCCAGGAGACAAGUAAGUGGCUGGGCUUGGCCUGA